GGGGGGGGCGGCGGCGGCGGCGAUGGAGCCGGAGCCGCGUGAGUGGAGCCGGCGGGCGGCGGCCUGAGCCCCCCGGCACGGAGCCCCCCACCCCGGCGCAGAGCCCACCCUGAGGAAUGAGCGCUUUCCAGGCAGACCUCCUCCUCCUCCUGCUCGCCUGCUUCCUGCUCAGCCACGAACUGGGGCUCCCAGGAAGAGGAUGCUGCCUAGUGCUGGGGUUCAUGUACAAGGAGAAGUACCGCAGGAUGACUGAAGGUCAAGCGUCCUCCUUCACGCAGCAGCCCCAGGACCAGGUGGUGAUCGCCGGGCAGCCCGUGACGCUGCUGUGUGCCAUCCCUGAGUACAAUGGCAUUGUGCUGUGGAUCAAGGACGGGCUCGCCCUCGGCGUCGGACGGGAUCUCUCCAGCUACCCCCGCUACCUGGUCAUAGGAGACCAUCUGUCUGGAGAACAUCACUUGAAAAUCCUGAGGGCUGACCUCCAGGAUGAUGCCGUCUAUGAGUGUCAGGCCAUCCAAGCGGCCAUCCGAUCCCGACCGGCCCGGCUGACCGUCCUCGUUCCUCCAGAUGACCCUGUCAUUAUGGGGGGACCCAUCAUCAGCCUGAGAGCAGGGGACCCCCUCAACCUGACCUGCCACGCAGACAACGCCAAGCCAGCAGCCUCCAUCAUCUGGAUGCGGAAAGGAGAAGUCGUCAAUGGGGCCACCUACUCCAAGACCCUUCUCCGUGACGGCAAGAGGGAGAGCAUCAUGAGCACCCUUUUCAUCGCCCCCUCUGACAUUGAGAAUGGGGAGAGCAUCGUCUGCCGUGCCACCAACAAAGCCAUCCCCAGCGGGAAGGAGACCUCGGUCACUAUUGACAUCCAGCACCCCCCCCUGGUGAACCUGUCCGUGGAGCCACAGCCGGUGCUGGAGGACAACACUGUCAAGUUCCACUGCUCUGCCAAGGCCAACCCUGCUGUCACUCAGUACAGGUGGGCAAAGAAAGGCCAGGUGAUAAAGGAAGCAUCCGGUGACUUCUAUGAAACCAUUGUGGACCACACCUUCUUCUUUGAGCCCGUCUCCUGUGAGGUCACCAACGCGCUGGGCAGCACCAACAUCAGCAGGACUGUGGAUGUCUACUUUGGGCCCCGGAUGGCGACAGAACCACAGUCCCUGCUCGUUGACCUGGGCUCUGAUGCUGUCUUCAACUGCGCCUGGACUGGGAACCCCUCCCUCACCAUCGUCUGGAUGAAACGGGGCUCAGGCGUGGUCCUGAGCAAUGAGAACAAGCUGACGCUCAAGUCUGUCCGCCAGGAAGAUGCUGGGAAAUACGUGUGCCGUGCCGUGGUCCCACGGGUGGGCGCAGGGGAGCGCGAGGUGACACUCACUGUCAACGGGCCACCCAUCAUCUCCAGCACGCAGACGCAGCACGCCCUGCAUGGCCAGAAGGGACAGAUCAAGUGCUUCAUCCGCAGCACCCCUCCGCCCGACCGCAUUGCUUGGUCCUGGAAGGAGAACGUCCUGGAGUCCGGGACCUCGGGGCGCUACACGGUGGAGACAGUCAGCACAGACGAGGGGGUCAUCUCCACGCUGACCAUCAGCAAUAUUGUCCGUGCCGAUUUCCAAACCAUUUACAAUUGCACCGCGUGGAACAGCUUUGGCUCUGACACGGAGAUCAUCCGGCUCAAGGAGCAAGGUACGGAAAUGAAAUCAGGAGCUGGUAUGCAAGCAGAGUCGGUGCCGAUGGCGGUGAUCAUCGGGGUGGCCGUGGGGGCCGGCGUGGCAUUCCUGGUGCUGAUGGCCACCAUCGUCGCCUUCUGCUGUGCCCGCUCCCAGCGAAAUCUGAAAGGAGUGGUUUCUGCCAAGAAUGACAUCCGCGUGGAGAUCGUGCACAAGGAGCCAUCCUCGGGCAGGGAGACAGAGGAACACCCCACCAUCAAGCAGCUGAUGAUGGACCGGGGUGAGUUCCAGCAGGACUCGGUGCUGAAGCAGCUCGAGGUGCUCAAAGAGGAGGAGAAGGAGUUCCAAAACCUAAAGGACCCCACCAACGGCUACUACAGCGUCAACACCUUCAAGGAGCACCACUCCACACCCACCAUCUCGCUGUCGGGCUGCCCCGCGGACCUGCGGCCGGCCGGCAAGCAGCGCGUGCCCACGGGCAUGUCCUUCACCAACAUCUACAGCACGCUGAGCGGGCAGAGCCGCCUCUACGACUACAGCCAGCGCUUCGUGCUGGGCAUGGGCAGCAGCUCCAUCGAGCUGUGUGAGCGCGAGUUCCAGCGCGGCUCCAUGAGCGACAGCAGCUCCUUCCUCGACACGCAGUGCGACAGCAGCAUCAGCAGCAGCGGCAAGCAGGACGGCUACGUGCAGUUCGACAAGGCCAGCAAAGCCUCCGCCUCCUCCUCCCACCAUUCCCAGUCUUCGUCCCAAAAUUCGGACCCCAGCCGGCCCCUGCAGAGGCGGAUGCAGACGCACGUUUGAACCGCGGGGGACGAUGCGGUCCCCAUGGGGCUGUGGACCCUCUGCUGGGACAGUGAUGCUGGAAUCAGGACCCAAGAGUGGGGCGAUGGGGCUGAGCACAACCCCGCUGAGGACAUAGGGCCUGGGGACACCGCCGUCCCCGUGCCCACCCCACCGCUCCACUUGCCCCCACCCAGCUCCUUUCCUUCCUUCUUGGUGUUCGGUGUCCAUAAUUAUAGAGUCCGUUUUGGGGGGUCCCAUCGUGGGGGAUUUGGGGUGGGGGGGAACACGCCAGCGGGGACAGGGACCCCCCCGAGCGCCCCGGGAAGGGCCUCACCGCGCUGUAUCGCGGGCAAUACAAGAGGUGUUUCUCGUGGCAAGCCUGGGCUGGUGGCCUUACCGCGAUGAAGACUAGGAUGGCAGCAUCUUUUGGGUCACUUAUCCUUGUGUGACCCCAACGGGAUCUUGGUGGUGGGGCCACGGGGAAGGUGGGCUCAGGGGCUGGCCGAUGGAUGGGGAAACUGAGGCAUGGAGACAGCCACAGCCAGGGCAGUGCCACUGGUGACGCAGGAGCCAGGACAACGUGCUGGGGACACAGCAGGUAAGGACCCAGCAGGUAGGGAGGGGACAUGGGUGCUGGGACACAGGGCACAAGGGGAUAAGUGUACUUAGGGACACACACACAGGGACAUGGAGUCAAGAACAUGGAACAUGAGGACAUGGCAACAUGGCUAUAGGGACAGUGCCUGGAGUCACGAGGUUGGGGCUCAGGGCAGAGGGACACACUUGGGGGGGUCACUAGGCUUGGGGACUUGGAGACACAGCAUACACACAGGGACACAUGGACAUGUGCAUGGGGACAUGAACACAGGGACACUGGGACUGGGCACAGGGACAUGUGAGGACAAGGAGACACAGUCACACAGCAGGGCAAGAGUGGGGUCUCAGUCACUCCCUCACCCCCACUCCAGCCCCAGCAUGGAACACCCAGCCCAGACGCACCAGGACCUUUAUUGGGUGCCAGCAGGAGCCCCCCAACACCCCAAGGUCCAUGGGUCCCAUGGCCCCCCUUCCCCAAAUCCUGGGGGAUGCAGGAUCCCAUGUGAGCAAGGCG